AACCUGCUGGUCCUCAUCUCCGUUUGCCGCAACAAGAAGUUUCACUCGGCCAUGUACAUCUUCAUCGGGAACUUGGCUUUCUCCGAUCUCUUGGCCGGGUUGGCCUUCAUGUGGAACUGCAUGAGCGACCUGCAGGACUGCUCCACCGUCCUCCCCCUCUACUCCAAACGCUACGUCCUCUUCGUCAUCACCAUCUUCACCGUCAUCCUCCUCGCCAUCGUGGGGCUCUACGGCCGCAUCUACUGCAUCGUACGCUCCAGCCACGCCGAGAUCGCCACCGCCCAGACCUUGGCCUUGCUCAAGACGGUCACCAUCGUCCUGGGAGCCUUCAUCGUCUGCUGGCUGCCGGCCUUCAUCAUCCUCCUCAUGGACACCUCCUGUCCCGUCCGGGCUUGCCGGAUCCUUUAUAAAGCGAACUACUUUUUUGCCUUCGCCACCUUCAACUCGGCCGCCAACCCCAUCAUCUACACGUUGCGGAGCAAGGACAUGCGCCGGGAAUUCCUGCGG